ACUGAGAGCGAGAAAAGUCUGUCGCAGUUUGAGAACUGCUGUCGAUAAAUUUGGAUUACGUUUUGAUUGCAUCAGGUUACGCUUGUGGAAAGAUAAAGUCGAGAUAUUUAAUACUGCAGCAAAUGGCAGUUCGAGUUCGAUUGUAAUUCACAAUGAACAGACAAAGUUGAUUGAUGGAGAAAACUUUGUGGAAAAAGCGGCCAAGGAUUUUAAGAUAUUAUCGAAGCACGCAGGGAAAAUUGUAAUUUCGAACUAUUCGGGAAAUAGAUGCGACAUUGUUACAACUUUCAUUAAGAUUUUCAAAGCCGAAAAAUGUAUUCAUGUAAAAGAAAUAGAACUUUGGUUUUUCGGUUUUGAUGAAGUCCUUACGAUUCUUUCAUGGUUUGAUGCUAAAGAGCUCAAAACUAUUAAAUUAAUAUGUAUGGAGUCAAUGAAGUCAAUAGACCGUUUUGAACGUAUAACCCAAUUGGAGCAAUGGAAAAAUGCAGAAGUAGUUAAAAUUGAUGGUUCUAAGAUUGCCAGUACAAUGAUUGUUCAUUUUUUUCAUUUCAAAUGUUUCACUGUUGACUACACUGACGAAUUUCCAGCACAGGCUGCAAUACAAAUGAGAGAUGAUCUUUUAAGAAGAAGUACAUUCCAAAGUUGCGAUUUAAAAUUGGCAAAUUCAAAGUCAAAUCCGAUUGAAAUUGCAAAAGUAUUCAAACCGGACUACACUGGUGGAAACGUAUUUAAGAUUGAAUUUCCAAAUGGUAACGACACAUUCGAUAUUUCGCUUUGGAAGUUUAAUUCAAAUCAUUUUCAAUUGAAUGUGAGAAGAUUGUGA